UACAUUAAAGCACCAAUACUUUAUAGCAUAGUAGAAGUGCUCUCUGAUAUGAGGUUUUACAAACACAGUAAAAAACUAUCUUGAGACUGAGAAGUGAAAGUUAUUGUCGAUGGUAAAAAGUGUUGGAGUUUCUCAAAGUGUAUUUUCUUGGGUUUUUCUAUCAUAGGCUUUGCAUUAUUUUUCAGCUUGGUUUUCUUGCUCUAGACCUGGAUUUCUCCAGAUUCUUCAAUGGACGAUGAGAUAUCACAAAGUGGUGGUAUACUCAUAUACAGAAAUUGCGAUUCAUCUUCUUCUUUUUCCCUGUAUAGGAGGGACAUGUUCCAUCAUUUUAGAGCUCUACAAGUGAAUUGUUGAACUUUGUUGCGGAACUUUUGAAACGCGCAACUAUCAAGCACACUAUGUCGAGCCACUAUAGUUACAGUCUCAAACAUUGGCUGCGAAUAUUGCACUAGAAAAUGAUUUCGACCAUCACUUACUCCAUCGAUUAUAGAGUUGUUUGAGUCCGGUAUACAAGGUCAUGUCUAUGACCAUACCUAGAUUCUUUAAGCACUCAAGAAAAAUAUCAAACAUUCAAACUUCACCCUAAAUAAAGGGAAAAUAUCAAACUUGUACCCUUCAGGCCUUCACACACUUCAUCUCUGUUCUCUAAACCCUAGAUAGGGGUGUUCAAACGGUGUGGUUACCAUAGUAACCGUUUUUUUUUUCCGGUAAUUAGUUCUUCUCAUUAAGCUCACUUGAUCACAAACCAAGCCGCGCAAAAAACUCAGAUGUACCCUUUACAUCUUACAAAGAAAGCUAUCAAAAAUCUAUAACUGUAGAUUCAACCUUCCUAUCACUCUACUGCCUACCAUAGCCUCUCUGAAACGCAAGUCCCCCUGCGCCAACAGCCACAUUUCUUCCCGCAAUUGCAGAAAUACAACCUCCCAGAUUCGUGGAAGCUCUCCAAAUACUCGUCUACAACGCUCUUUCCACAUCAAACUACAUAUCCAACACCAAAUAGCACUAAUCACAUGACCAUCCACACUGUUUCUAGUAAGUGAAAUCAUUUCUUGUAGAAGCUGCUCCCAACUAGUCCCCCAACUGGUCACCAGAUUACCAAACACUGCAGUCAUCAGAUAACUAGUAUACUCACAGUUGCAGAAUAAAUGAAAGCGAAUCUCUUCCUCUGUUUCACAUAGCACACAAGUUGCCACAUUUAUCUUCCCCCACUGCUUUAGCUUAUCCCUAGUCACAAUACGAUUUAAGAUGAUUUGGUUUGGUUAAUUUGGAUAAUUGGUUUGGUUUGGUUUGGUUAAAGUUUUUAUCUUGUUUGGUUUAUGUGGUUUGGUUUGGUUUCAGGCACUCCUAACCAGCCAAACCAAAUUAACUAGAUAAAUAAUUGGCCAUAUAUCUAAUAUAUACACAUACUUAAUACUUUGAAUAACCACUUACGAGUUAAACUUUCAUCCUUUUAGACUCAUAAAAUAUAAAGCUUGAUAUCGUUCCUAUGAUGUAUAUUUGUAUAUGUAGAGUGUAGACCACAACCUAUGAAUGCCUAAUUUGGAUAGAUCUCAUACAUUAUGUUGGAUGAAAACUUGAAAGCAAGGUCCUUUUCAGCCUAUCAAAAUUGCUAAAAGACUAAGUCAAUUCAAACAAACACAACAAUUCAUUAACCCAUACCAUUGUGAUAAAUUUUUGUUAGGUGAAUACUUCUAUACUAACCAUAAGAUAAUUGUCUUAGUUGCAUGUAUUUAUGUUAUGGGUCAACUAUAACUAUGUGUUGAUUGUUAUGUUUUAUUCAUUAUAUUUUUUAUAAGAAUGUUUUAUUCGUUAUAUAAAUUGUGAAUUGAUAAUUUAACCGAAAAUUUUCUCACUUAAUGAUAAUAUGAUUUUAUAUUGGUUAAUCUGGUUAACCAAUUAACCAAACCGAUUAAACUUUAGUUUGGUUAAUUUGAUUGUUGUAUUAGUUUGGACGGUUUGGUUAUGAUAUUGUAUUUCCUGAUGAAUGAAAUUUAGCCUUAUUUAGUUUGGUAAUAACCAUGAUAACCAUUUGAACACCCCUAACCCUAGAUGCUGUCAAGACUCAAGAGACCUUAAUUACGCUUGGACCAAUUUUUCAACAGCUCAAUGCACCCCCUCCAAAUCAGGCCCGAAGCAAAGCCCAAGUUUCACCAAAAAACGGCCCAUCCGAAAUGAACUAGUAGUGAACGGCGCGGGAACGCGGAGUUCCAACGGCUAUAUUUUGUCAAAGCUCUGUUUUUUGUUAUCCCCCGAACCCUAAAUCUCCAAUUUUCCCCCAAAAUCGCUGCUAUAAAGCGCUCGCUCUCCCACCCGAUUCUUCACCAAUUGCUCUUUCGGCUCUCCUUCUUCCUCCUGCUCUGUUACGGUUCUCCAAUCAGCGAACAACAAAUCUUUCUCUGCGCACUCAUUUCUUCUCACAGCUCCUCCUCCCAGAUUCCUCUCUGUUCGCCGGCGACUCCUCUCUAUUUGAUUUCAGUUUGCGACUGCUUGCUUUUUGCUUCUCUGUCACUAACCCAUUGUUUUGCAGAUCUCCGAAUUCUGGUUUCUCUCUUCGUUUUCUGAAUUUCUUUACUAAUUGCUUACUGUAAACUGUUAGGUUUUGUUUCUUGUUUCGUUUUUGCUCUGUGUUUGAAUUGAUGGAUGCAGGAUCUGCAAAUAUGAGCUACACCACGCCCAAUCCCAGAUUCCCUCUCCAGAGAAGGGGUUCCAAAGAGAACUUGGACAGAUUCAUUCCUAAUCGAUCAGCAAUGGACAUGGAUUAUGCCCAUUUCAUGGUGACUCAAGGCAGGAAAGAGAAGGAUAACUCAGUCCCAAGCUCUCCUUCAAGCGAGGCCUACAAGAGACUGCUCGCCGAGACCUUGAACCUGAACCGAACCAGAAUCCUGGCGUUCAAGAACAAGCCUCCGGUCCCCGUCGAGCUGAUCCCCCAUCAACACACUGCUUCAGCUUCUUCCACAACGCACCAGGCUAAACCCACCAAACCCCGCAGGCACAUCCCACAGACUUCUGAGAGGACACUGGAUGCUCCAGACCUCGUCGACGACUUCUACCUGAACUUGCUCGAUUGGGGCAGCAGCAACGUUCUGGCCAUAGCUCUCGGAAGCACAGUUUACCUCUGGGAUGCAUCUACUGGCUCCACUUCCGAGCUCGUGACAGUCGAUGAAGAACACGGCCCUGUCACCAGCGUGAACUGGGCUCCUGAUGGCCGCCACAUCGCUAUUGGACUGAACAAUUCCGAGGUCCAGUUGUGGGAUUCAGCCUCCAACAAACAGCUACGAACUCUCAAAGGAGGGCACAGAUGUCGCGUCGGCUCACUGGCUUGGAACGACCACAUCCUCACCACAGGAGGAAUGGACGGCAGGAUCAUAAACAACGACGUCCGGAUUCGCGACCACAUCGUCGAGACAUACAGAGGCCACACGCAAGAAGUCUGCGGACUCAAAUGGUCAGCUUCAGGGAAGCAACUAGCAAGUGGUGGGAACGACAAUCUCAUUCACAUCUGGGACAGAUCAUUGGCUUCCUCGAACUCCCCGACUCAGUACCUCCACCGGCUCGAGGAUCACACUUCAGCAGUCAAGGCGCUCGCGUGGUGUCCUUUCCAGUCCAACUUGCUUGCUUCUGGAGGUGGAGGAGGAGACAGGACGAUCAAGUUCUGGAACACACACACAGGGGCGUGCUUGAACUCGGUCGACACCGGAUCGCAGGUUUGUGCGUUGCUGUGGAACAAGAACGAGAGGGAGCUUCUGAGCUCUCAUGGGUUCACUCAGAAUCAGCUGACACUGUGGAAGUAUCCGUCGAUGGUGAAGACCGCGGAGCUCACGGGGCAUACUUCGAGGGUGCUGUUCUUGGCGCAGAGUCCUGAUGGGUGUACUGUGGCUUCGGCUGCUGGAGAUGAGACACUGAGGUUCUGGAAUGUAUUUGGUGAUCCUAAUGAAGCAGCCAAGAAAUCUGUGACGAAGAAGAAUCAGGAGCCUUUUGCUUGGGCGAAUCGCAUCAGGUGAAGAACGCGGAAGGAUUAAUGAUCAAGAGCUGUUUCAGGCAGUAGACUGAAUCCAACAGUUGUGAGUUUUGAGCUUGAUUCUUAGAUAGUCCCAACUGCCCCUAGAUUUUCACUAGAAUGAUGUGCUCUGUGAAAAAAUGCUGCUGCUGCUGCUUGCUACCCAAGUGGAUGUAUAUAAACUAGUAAAUACAAACAUGAAUCAUCAUCAGCCUCGAAUAGUCAUAUAUUUUAUGGCUAUAUGAAUAAAGGAAACUAUUAUCUUCAGAAAUUAAGAAGCUCAGUGUUGUACCAAUUUUUGGACUGGGAGGGUGGCACAAACACAGAAAAUGUUCAACGCCAGCAUUUCAUGACUUAGGAGGGAACAAAACUGUGGUUUCAAUGAACAACUAAUCUUACAAAAAAGCCAGCAAGAAGCCACAAAAAAAAAAUGCUAUCUUAUCACAACUUAAAAAUUCGAAACUUCACAAGGAUCAGAAGUUUCAAGUGGUGUGAAAUUGCAGAAGCCAUCCUAUUCAUGGUAUAGGAUAAAUGGGCUUUUCCUUA